AUGAAAAAAAUUAUUACACUUUCAGCUCCCCCCCCAUCUCAAUUUUCAUUUUUAUCUGAAUUUCAAUUUUCACUUCCUGAAUUAAGACAAAUUCAAUUUAAAAGUUAUUAUUAUUUUAUUUAUAAAAAUUUAAUUUCUGAACUAAAUAUUUUUCCUGAAAUUUUUGAUUUAAAUCAAGAAUUUCAAUUUGAAUUAUUAAAUAAAGAAUAUAAAUUAAUAAAACCAGAAAAAACUACUAUUAAAUUUCACUAUAAUACAUAUUCUUCUGAUUUAUAUGUUACAUGUCGAUUGCUUCGUCGAAAAAAAAAAAUAGAAAUUCAAAAACAAACUAUAUUCAUUGGAAGUAUUCCUUUAAUAGAUUAUCAAAGUACUUUUAGAAUUAAUAGUGUUACAAGAGUAAUAAUUAAUCAAAUUUUACGAAGUCCAGGUAUUUAUUAUAAUUCUGAAUUAGAUCAUAAUGGAAUUUCUAUAUAUACAGGUACAAUUAUUUCUGAUUGGGGAGGGAGAUUAAAGUUAGAAAUUGAUAGCAAAACAAGAAUUUGGGCCCGUAUAAGUAAAAAACGAAAAGUUUCUAUUUUAGUUUUAUUAUUAGCUAUGGGCUUAACUAUAAAACAGAUUUUAGAUAGUGUUUGUUCUUCAAAAAUUUUUUUAGAUUUUUUAAAAGAAAAAAAAAAAAAAAAGGAGCAUCUUCAAUCUACUGAGGAUGCUAUGGUAGAACUUUAUAAACAAUUAUAUUAUAUCGGAGGAGACCUUUUAUUUUCUGAAUCUAUACGUAAAGAAUUGCAAAAAAAAUUUUUUCAGCAAAGAUGUGAGUUAGGAAAAAUUGGCCGAUUAAAUGUAAAUAAAAAACUUAGUUUAGAUAUACCUGAAAAUGAAUUUUUUUUAUUACCGCAAGAUAUCUUAGCUGCUAUAGAUUAUUUAAUAAAAAUAAAAUUUGGUAUUGGUACACUUGACGAUAUAGAUCAUUUAAAAAAUCGUCGUAUCCGCUCUGUAGCCGAUUUAUUGCAAGAUCAAUUAAAAUUAGCAUUAAUACGUUUAGAAAAUUCAGUACGACAAGUUAUGCGUAGAACAACUAAAAGAAAACGCUUACUUAGUCCUAAAAAUUUAAUUACUCAAACACCAUUAAUUGCUACUUUUAAAGAGUUUUUUGGCUCACAUCCUUUAUCCCAAUUUCUCGAUCAAACCAAUUCAUUGGCGGAAAUUGUUCAUAAAAGAAGAUUAAGCUCGCUAGGUCCUGGCGGAGUAACAAGACGAACAGCCGGUUUUCAAGUACGUGAUAUUCACUUUAGUCAUUAUACUCGAAUUUGCCCUAUUGAGACAUCUGAAGGUAUGAAUGCUGGACUUAUUGCGUCAUUAGCAAUUCAUGCUAACGUAAAUAAUUGGGGAUUUUUGGAAAGUCCUUUUUAUAAAAUCUCUAAAAAUGUUAAAGAAGAAAAAAUUAUUAAUUUAUCUGCAGGAGAAGACGAAUAUUAUCGAAUAGCUACAGGAAAUUGUUUGGCUUUAGACCAAGGGACUCAAAAAAUACAAAUAACUCCAGCUCGCUAUCGACAAGAAUUUUUGGCUAUUGCUUGGGAACAAAUACAUCUUCGAAGUAUUUAUCCUUUACAAUAUUUUUCUGUUGGGGUUUCACUUAUUCCAUUUUUAGAGCAUAAUGAUGCAAACCGUGCGUUAAUGGGUUCUAAUAUGCAACGUCAAGCUGUUCCACUUAUAAAACUUGAAAAAUGUAUUGUAGGAACAGGAUUAGAAAGUCAAGUUGCUUUAGAUUCCGGAAACGUAAUGAUUACAAAACAAAGUGAAAAAAUAAUGUAUACUGAUGGUAAAAAAAUAAGUUUACUUAAUAAUACUAAUGAAACUGUUAAUACACAUUUAAUUAUAUAUCAACGUUCUAACAACAGUACGUGUAUACAUCAAAAACCGCAAGUUAUUUCAAAAAAAUUUUUAAAAAAAGGGCAAGUUUUAACGGAUGGUGCAGCUAUUUUAAAAGGAGAAUUAACUUUAGGAAAAAAUAUUUUAGUAGCAUAUAUGCCAUGGGAAGGCUAUAAUUUUGAAGACGCAAUACUUAUUAGCGAACGCUUAAUCUAUGAAGAUAUUUACACAUCCAUUCAUAUUGAAAGAUAUGAAAUAGAAUCUCGAAAUACAAAUCAAGGCCCUGAAAAAAUUACUAAAGAAAUACCGCAUUUAGAAAAUAGUGUACUCCGUCAUUUAGAUAAAAACGGACUUGUAAUACCAGGAUCAUGGGUAGAAACAGGGGAUGUUUUAGUAGGAAAAUUAACACCUCAAGAAACAGAAGAAUCUUUACGUGCUCCAGAAGGAAAAUUAUUACAAGCUAUAUUUGGUAUUCAAGUAACUAACGCAAAAGAGACUUGCCUGAAAGUUCCUUUAAAUGGAAAAGGCCGAGUUAUUGAUGUAAUAUGGAUUUCUAAAAAAGAAAAUUCGAGUAAUUAUGAAAAAAUAAUCCAUGUUUAUAUAGCACAAAAACGAAAAAUACAAGUCGGAGAUAAAGUAGCUGGAAGACAUGGAAAUAAAGGUAUUAUUUCAAAGAUUUUACCUAGACAAGAUAUGCCUUAUUUACAAGAUGGAACGCCUAUUGAUAUGGUAUUAAGUCCUUUAGGAGUACCAUCACGUAUGAAUGUAGGACAAAUUUUUGAAUGUUUACUUGGCUUAGCUGGUUAUUUUUUAGGAAAACAUUAUAGAAUAACUCCUUUUGAUGAAAAAUAUGAACGAGAAGCUUCAAGAAAAUUAGUUUUUUCUGAACUUUAUAAAGCUAGUAAAAAAACAGGAAACCUUUGGUUAUUUGAACCUGAAAACCCUGGGAAAAGUCGUUUACUAAACGGAAGAACUGGCGAAAUCUUUGAGCAAGCUGUUACAGUAGGAAAAGCUUAUAUGCUAAAAUUAAUUCAUCAAGUUGAUGAUAAAAUUCAUGCACGUUCUAGUGGGCCUUAUGCGCUUGUUACUCAGCAACCUCUUAGAGGUAGAUCCAGACGAGGAGGACAAAGAGUCGGGGAAAUGGAAGUCUGGGCUUUAGAAGGAUUUGGUGUUGCUUAUAUUUUGCAAGAAAUGCUUACUAUUAAGUCUGACCAUAUUCAUGCACGCUAUGAAGUACUUGGUGCCAUUAUAACAGGAGAACCAAUACCUAAACCUAAAACUGCUCCAGAAUCUUUUUUAUUACUUGUUCGCGAAUUACGCUCUUUAUCUUUAGAAUUAGAUCAUGCCGUUAUCUUUGAAAAAAACUUAAAUAUAAAAUUCAAGGAUGUUUAA